UGCGCGGAAACUGGAACUGUCAUUUAUCUUCAAGUGGAAAAUUUUCACCGUAAGCGGCAGCAUUUCUCGUGCUAGUGAAAAAUUUGAAAAAAGUGCUGAGAAAACUGCACUGGAGUGAGAAAAUCCUUCGUUAGAUUAUGAACGGAGCAACAAUUAUGGGUGGCAAUAAUGAUUACGCCAAUAGCGCCGGUAGCAGCGGCAUCAACGAAUCGUCGCCGGUACGCGACGAGUAUCGGAAGGAUGGUUCCGAAGAGCCCUCGCCGUCAAAAUCUUCGUCUAGUUCAUCGAAACGAGACAAAGAACGAGAAAGCCGUGGGCGCGAUCGUGACCGGGAGCGCGACCGCGAUCGGGAAAGCCGUGAUCGCAGCCGCGAUAGGGAACGCCGAGAGCGACGUGAUCGUGACCGUGACCGCGAUACCAAAGUACAACCCUACAUUACACAGCCAGUGUAUGACCUCCGCCAAACGGGAGAAGUGGUCUUCGGACCGGGAACACGAUCAGCUCUGUUGGGCAUUUUGGGUGGGGCAUUGCCACGUUUGACUACCGAACAGCAUGAGCUGGUCACACGCGCCAAAAAGUACGCCAUGGAGCAAAGUAUCAAAAUGGUUCUGAUGAAGCAAACGCUUGCCCAUCAACAACAGCAGUUGGCCAGUCAGCGGACACAGGUCCAACGACAACAGGCAUUGGCUCUUAUGUGCAGAGUAUACGUUGGCAGUAUUUCAUUUGAGUUGAAAGAGGAUACAAUUCGCGCAGCGUUCCUCCCAUUCGGUCCGAUUAAAUCGAUCAACAUGUCGUGGGAUCCGAUCACACAAAAACACAAAGGCUUCGCCUUUGUUGAAUAUGAGAUUCCGGAAGGUGCACAACUAGCUUUGGAGCAGAUGAAUGGAGCGAUGCUCGGUGGUCGUAACAUCAAGGUCGGUCGUCCAAGCAAUAUGCCACAGGCGCAACAGGUGAUCGAUGAAAUCCAGGAAGAAGCAAAGAACUAUAAUCGCAUCUACAUAGCUUCCAUUCAUCCGGACUUGACAGAGGAGGACAUUAAGAGCGUUUUUGAAGCGUUUGGACCUAUUGUGACAUGUAAAAUGUCUCAGGGUAGUGCGGCUCAUACCCAUAAGGGGUAUGCGUUCAUUGAAUACCAAACUAACCAGUCAGCGAUUGAGGCUAUCGCCAGCAUGAACCUUUUCGAUCUGGGUGGACAACUUUUAAGGGUUGGCCGUUCAAUUACACCUCCAAAUGCGUUGAUGGGCCCGGCAGCUAACUCGGCAAUGCCAACAGCGGCGGCAGUCGCUGCAGCUGCUGCCACAGCUAAAAUUCAAGCUAUGGACGCCGUUGCAACCAACGCCGUGCUAGGCCUAUCGGCAGCAACGCCAACUCUUAAGGUUGGUCUCGGGACGUUGCCCAUAACUCCAACCAUGACAACUGCUGCAAAUGCCAAUCUUGUUGCACACGCACAACUUGCGGCUGCCAGUCAAGCGGCUGUCAUUACGCAACCUGGAUUGCUCGUUCCACCGGUAGCAAAUGUAGCCAGCUUGGCACCAUCCUUGCUGGUCAAUCCGGUUCUAGCCAAUGCGGCUAAACCUCUGCAAUCAGUAUUAAGCGCUGCAAAUCCGGCUGCGGUAGCUGCAGCAGCCGCUGCCGCUGCGGCCGCCGCAGCAGCUGCGGCUGCCAAUCCCAAUGCAACAGCAGAAGAGGUUUUCAAAAAAGCUCAAGAGAAACAGCAAGAAGAGUUGCAGAAAAAACUUCUCGAAGAAGGAGAACCGCAAACCUUACAACAACAAGAAACGAUGUCCAUUAAGGGACAAAGCGCACGCCAUUUAGUAAUGCAAAGGCUCAUGCGGCCCCGCGAAAGUAAGGUUGUAAUCCUGCGGAACAUGGUUGGGCCAGAAGAUGUGGACGAAACGUUGCAGGAUGAGAUUCAAGACGAGUGUGGUAAAUAUGGUAUUGUGGAGCGGGUCAUUAUCUACAAGGAGCGCCAGUCCGAAGGCGAUUAUGCCGAGGAUGACAAUACGGAUGUAAUCGUUAAAAUCUUUGUUGAGUUCUCUCAGGCCACCGAGGCAGAUAAAGCCCGCGAAGCACUCCACGGUCGCUACUUCGGUGGCCGUUUGGUUAAAGCCGAAUCGUACGACCAAGCGCUCUUUGAUCAUGGUGACCUGUCUGGUUAGGAUCAACCAACUCAAAUAGACAAAGAGCGUGGCCACACUCUGAUCCAACAUUGAAUCCCCGAAUGCAAACCGUUUCUUGUCGUAGUGACGAGGUAAACCCUGUUUCGAAUGAAAGUAGCUAUUGCCCAGCGCCAGUCAGGAUUAAGAAUAAAGUGUAUGAUCUAUUUUACAACUCACUAUUUACCUACUUGUUGCGAGAGCAUGAAACGAGCAAGUCACAAAAUACACUUGGAAAAUUUACACCUAAGGACGAAACACUGAAACAAUUAUGAUUUUCAAAGGACAAACAAGUUUAUUAACGUUUCUAAUAUAAUUGUAUAUACACAAUUACGCUUCUUUUCAGUAAUAAAUAAAAAUUACACUAUUAUUUUCAAACUGA